AUCACAUUAUUAUUUUCAUUGACAUCAUUUUCAAGAUAAUCUUUUUUUAUCCUUUCUUCUUUCUUUUUUUAUUGAGAGAAAAAAAUGGGUAUCUUUGGCGACGAUAUUCAAAAGACUUCUAUCUCACUUUAUAUUGAGAGACUUUCCAAUCUCGAGGAAGUUGACUGGUACCUCUUACAGCAACUUACAGAGUCUAUUCAAAUGCAAGAAAACGGACCGAGAGAAGCUAUUGAAACAGUACGAAAGAAGCUCAAGCAUGGCGGAACUCAGCAAAAGUUGCGCGUAUUAGAAGUAAGCUUUAAAUGUUAACUUCUUUGUAUUGAUUUGCGAUUAGGUUCUUAAAUUAUUGAUGGAAAACAGCAACCAACAAUUCCAUAGACAAUUUCUUGCGAAUGAAAAAAUGAAGGAACG